GUCACGUCUUCAAGCAUUCCUCGCCGCCAGCUGCAACUCGUCAACAAUAGUUCCCUGUUUCCUUAUCCACAUCAACAUGGCCGAAUACCUCAAACUCGCCAGCGUCUUCGUCGACUUCGACCAGAAGAGCCUUGCAGUCGCCGCAGCUGCUAUUGCAUUCAACCCCAUAUACUGGAACACGGUUGCCCGCCAAGAAUACCACAACAAGGUCCUCACGAAGCUCGCUGGCGGCAACGCACGCCUAGGCUGCUACCUCCUCGCCGCAUCCAUCUUCUCUCUUGGCAUCUUCCGCGACUACCUUUACGAGCAAGCCCUCCGCAGCCAGCCCGGGCACCCUGACCUCGAAACGGAUCUAGUCAGGCUCAUCGCCAUCGGGCUCUUCCUCGCCGGAAAUGUCCUCGUUAUCUCCAGCAUGUGGGCCCUUGGUCUCACCGGCACGUAUCUCGGCGACUACUUCGGUAUCCUGAUGGACUCCCGCGUCACUAGCUUCCCCUUCAACGUUACCGAUGCGCCGAUGUACUACGGUUCCACCCUGAGCUUCCUCGGGACAGCGCUCUGGUACGGAAAGCCGGCCGGUGUGCUCUUGACGAUCGAGGUGCUGGUUGUCUACCUUGUUGCGCUUCGCUUCGAGGAUCCGUUCACGGCUGGCAUCUACGAGAAGCGCGAGAAGGAGCGCGCAAAGGCCAAGCGGGGAAAGAAGAACUAGAUGAUAAGGAGGGUCUUGAGAGGGCUUGGGUGGAAGUGGAAUAGAUUGUAAAUGGAUGGCAUAGGUAGACAGCAAGGCAAGAUCAGACGGGGGUUUGUACCUGCUGGCAGGGUGGCGCAUACAGCGGAGUUCAACAGUAUUAGCGACGUUUGACAGGACUGCACAUAUAUCAACUACGUGUAUGGAAGGCGCUGGAUGGAGCAAAAGUCGUUUUUUAAGUACUCACUAAAGAGUAGAACGUAUAAUUUUACAAUAAUAUUCCCCUAUUGUAAGUGGCGCAAAGGA